GGCAGGAGCCCGCGGAGCAGGUGGGGCGAGGGCCCCGCCUCCGCGUCCCGGCAGCCCCAGAGCAGGCGGCUGCAAGGGAGCUGGGCGCACCGAGCGCAGUGACACCGAGCUCAGUGGCACCGAGAGCAGCGGCACCGAGCGCAGCGUGGCCUCGGCGGCGGCGGCGCCUGGAGCACUCGAGCUGCGGGACAGAGCCCCGAGCCUGGAGGCGGCGGCAGGGACGUCGUCCGGAGCCUGAGUCCUACCUAGCUGCAGGUAGCGGUGCGCGACCGCGUCCGGGGCAGAAACCACUCUCCUGGGACCUUUCAGAAGCAAGAGCCACCAACGCUGUGACCUAUGCCAGUGCCACCUCCGCCACCUCCUCCUCCUCUGCCUCCACCUCCCCCGCCCCUGGGGGCUCCUCCCCCUCCCCCACCGCCAGCGCCUCCGGUAGGUACAGACACUUCCAACUUGAGAAAGGCGGACCCCAAAGGUCGGAGUGCCCUGUUGGCUGAUAUCCAGCAAGGAACUCGCCUACGGAAAGUCACGCAGAUCAAUGACCGCAGUGCCCCACAGAUUGAGAGCUCUAAAGGAACUAACAAAGAAGGAGGAGGGUCUGCAAACUCUCGAGGUGGAAGCACACCCCCAAGCCUGGGAGAUCUGUUUGCUGGCGGCUUUCCUGUGCUGAGACCAGCCGGCCAGAGGGAUGUGGCAGGUGGCAAGAUAGGGCAGGCCCCUGGCUCCCGAGCACCUUCUCCCCGGCUGCCCACGAAAGCUCUUGGUGGCCCACUUAACCCCCCUGCAUCUCCCAGGCUAGGCAAUGCCUCAGAGACUCAUGGCACCUCCAGGACAGUCCCUCCUCGCCCCAGCAUGCCUGCCCCACCGCCUCCCACCCUACCCCCACCUCCUCCACCCCUACCCCCACCCCUGCCCCCUUCCUCCCCCACCAAAGCUCCACUGGUGUCCCCGCCUGGCCUGCCCACCAAAGGGAACACCCCAGGGGUUGCUCCCCCUCUCCCCUCUGCACCUCCCCCUCCUCCGCCGCCCCCACCCCCACCCCUCCCUCCUACCCCACCCCAACCCCCGCUGACCUCUGUUCUCAGUGACAAGGCCUUGAAGCCUCAGCUAGCCCCCUUGCACCUGCCGCCCAUCCCACCCCCACUCCCUCUCCUCCCCCCUUGUGGGUAUCCGGGGCUCAGUGCAGAUGCUGCCAGCCCCACCCAAGAUGUUCGGGAGCCUCCCGCCCCACCGCCUCCACCACCCCCACCCCCUCUUUAUGCCUCCUGUACCCCGAGGUCGUCUGUGCCUGCUCCUCCUUUGCCAGGAGCUAACAAUAACAGUGAGGCUCCACUCCUCCCGCCCCCCAAGUCCCCCGGCUUCCAGGCCCAGCCCCCCAAGUCCAGUGCGCAGGCCUUGCCGACACCGCCAGCCCCUCCAGGAUCGCAGCCAUUCCUGCAGAAGAAGAGGCCCGGCCGAGGCCCAGGGACCAGCGGGGGGAAGCUAAAUCCACCCCCAGCACCCCCUGCGAGAUCACCCACCACAGAGCUUUCAAGCAGAAGCCAACAGGCCCCAGCCUGGACCCCAGCACAGCAGCCGGCAGGUCAACUGCGCAACGGAAGCCUGCAUAUCCUCGAUGACUUUGAAUCUAAAUUCACGUUCCAUACCAUGGAAGACUUUCCUCCUCCAGAUGAAUAUAAACCAUGCCAGAAGAUUUACCCCAGCAAGAUCCCCAGAAUUAUCACUAAAGACACUCCGGUGAGAAGACAGAGGAAGCCAAUGUCCUGUGAGCCGCCUGGGGGUCCACAUCGCCAGAUGGGCUUCCCCAGGAGAACGUGUCUGGCCUCACCAUACUUAAGUUGCAAUUCAUUUAACAUGCAAGCUCUGAGUGGAGCAUUUAUUUAUUGUAAAUACGUGGUUUGCACAGGCUUUAAAUCAGUAUGACAGCUCUUAUUUGCAUAAUUUUAAAAAACCACACCCGUAUUAUGUUUCUCCAUUUUCCAAGGAUGCAUCUUGGCAUUCAUCCAUCACACCGAUAGCACCCUGUCCCCACCCCGUGGUGUCCAUUCCAUGACUGUAAAUAAUGCGUGUGGGCUGGCCCUUCCUAGAUUCUGAACCAUCUUUAGAAGAUUUCCUCGUUUGCAAGUAGUCCCAAAGUCAUAGUCCCCACAGCAGCUUCUUAUCGACAUGAUUCUAUAUUCUCCUCACACACACACUGCAAAAUCAAACCCAGUAAUGCCUUAUAAACACUGCAGCUCAGAGAGAGCAGUGUGUCCCCACGCCCAGAUAAGGCCACACAGCCUUCGGGGAACGAGAUGCCAUGUCUCGCUUCCGUUUUGUAGUACAGGGAUUUUUUUUUUUUCUGCCUCAUGUAAAUAUGACCCAAAAGGAAGGCAAGAGUGGGCUUGGCCCCUCCGAUGCCAAGCACAGGGCCCUUUUGUAACAGAAAGCUCCUACAAGUAGCCAACGCCCUUCCUGUUUACAGUGCCCCCGGUUCCCACGUGCCCCUGGCUUUCCUCAUGUCCGCCUAAGUUCCCAACUCCUUCCUGGCUUCUAGGGUAAGGCGAGAUUCAUGAGACUUAGGUAUUUUUUUUUUCUGCAAGUUAGAAACCUAUAUAACUCAUUACUAUAGUCAAUUGCAUAUUCUAUCUCAGAGAUGGUUGUUUGUUUGUUCUCCCCAAGAGUGGGAUUUUCACGGAAACUAGGACAUGAGGACGUGUAGAUAGAAGCCUCUUGGCCAAGUAUCUGCCUCACUGACCUGGUGCCUCACUCCUGUGCUUAGGAAGCCUGGCAGCCCCCGCCCGGCAAACGCAGCUCCCUUCCAAACUAAAGAGGGCCUGAUGGGUCUGAGAGCUCCCCCUGCCCUGUGGGGGGCGCACUUCUCUGUCGGGGAGAAGUGCCCAAGGCCAGCCACCCCGGAAUAUGGAACUGGUCGGGAACGGCUCUGGCUGCUGUUCUCACACCCUUUUUCUGGAGCUGGCAAGGAAGUGGAAGUGUGUGUUUGCUUGCACCUAACCCCAGAUGCCCCCCGUCCUUGGAGGAAGCUGUAAGAAGGGAAGGAGAUAAAAUAGAAUGAAACAGACUGACCCCAGGUCUGUGCUCAAAAUAGGUGCAGAUUAAAGGAAAAGGGGGGGGCGGGUGCGGAAAGAGCGGUGGAAAAACAAGUGUCCUUUGGAACAACCCACUCAUGUGCUCAGACCUGAAGGACACCGUGCCCAGACCAAACCAUCCAGAACAGGUAGCCGGUUAGGAGGGUUUGGGCAAACGUGACUGCGUACACUUUGCUGUUGUCUAAAGACUAAGAUGGCAUCCUACAUUGUUGUGCUUUCUCAUUCCAGAGAGGAGCCGCUGAGCAAGGUCAAGUGCCCUUCUCUGGGGAAUCAGUCAUGCCAAAUUAUCACUGCUAACCCAAUUGGAAAAGCAGCUUUUUGCAGGUCAGCAGCUCUGGGCAUAGCUGAUUGGUUUUAUUGGUUCUGGAAGGUUUCCAAAAGGUCGGGAUUUCUUUAUUAUAACGGGACCCGCUCCAUCUCCCUCCCAGCUGUAGGAAAAUAAUUACAAGGGUUUUAAUUAUCAUGAUGAAGAAAGCCCAAGACAAAGGCAAGUCCACCUUCCGUGGAGACUGGCUGCCCCAUGAGGUGUUUAUGCAUUCACGUUCCACACCCCUGGGAUAGAAGUUAAAAACAAAACCUAUCAAGGACAGAGGGGAGGGAGGGGCAGAAACCAGAAACUGCAGCUAGGGAGACAUCUCAGGAAUCUGGCCUCCUAUCUCUCCUCGAGACCCGUCACUGAAUUCAGCGCGUCCGCUGGCAGGACAGACCUCAAGCCCCUUGACCAUAAACUCACGCAGAGCCAACGAGUUCCAGAGCUCUUGCCACUCUCCAGUGUUCUCACUGACCCCGUCGUCUGUGGCUCCCCCGUGUUUCAUAUGUAUUUUAUAUUUAUUGAUGUGCCCUCUGCAGACUCAUUUCUUUGUAUCCAAUAAACUUUAAUAAGUGGAAA